AUGACACUGAAGGUUUGGUACCUAAAGUUCAAAAACAAGGCUUAUGAUACUGAAGAAGCAGAUCACUCUGGCCAACCUACUGAUGUUGAUGAGGCCCACCUACGAGAACUUGUUGAAUAUCAAUAUGUAACCACUCAAGGGCUUGCGUAUGGUCUCGAGAGAGUGAAAGCUGAAGAGUUAGACAUUAGUGCCAUGUCCAUUAGUUGCGCUGAGUAUCUCGUAGAUUUGACGCACAAGUUCAAUUACUGGGAAAGAGAAAUAGUUCUUUCUCAUUCUGGACAAGUAAUUCAAGAUUCUUCCUCAAGCACUCAUCAUGUACCUUCUUCACUCCCAGCCUGCCAAAACUGGGCAGGUAACUUUGACUUUCAAGUAUCAUUCAGUCCUCAAGAAAAGACCACAAAGGGAGUUUUAUGGACUUAUUCAGAUAUAAAGGAUAAGUUAUAUGUUGGAAAAGAUGCCCCAUGUCCGGUCAACUUUUCUGUUAAUACUGUCAUGUCUGAUGAUGUUUUAGUACGAGUUAUGGCCCUGUAUAGUUCACCCGAAAAUGCUUCUGAAAUUGUUCAUCGUUGUGUUAACCAUUCCAUGGAUGAAAUUAGAAGAGGUGUUUUUGAAGCUGAGCAUCUUGUUCGUUGUGAAAGUAGCAUGGCAACUUAUGAAAUCGAUGGAGCCACUGGACGUCACAGUGUCAAAGUUCCCUUUGAAAAUCCUCCUGUGGGACAGAAGUUUUCUACAUACAUUUACAAGUUUGCGUGCUUUGGAUCCUGUGCUGGUGGGCCCAACAGAAGGCCUUUAAUGUUAAUAUUCACUCUUGAAAAAGGGGGUGAAGUAAUUGGUCGCAGAAAACUUGAUGUAAAAAUUUGUGCUUGUCCAAGUCGAGAUAGAAAAACAGAAGAACAACAAAGUAUAUUAUCUGGAAGUGCUAUUUCAGGAAAAAGGAAAGAUCCACCUGAAUUUGAAAACUUGAUAGAUAGUCUUAGUUUUGCCAAAUCUGUCACAUUUCCGCCACCACCAAAGAAAAGUAAAUCAUCUCCAAAUGAAAAUGGAUUCUACACAAUAGCUGUGGAUAAUUAUGAAUGCUUUGAAUUCUUGAAGCAGAUGAAGAAGUUCUAUGAAAUUUGUAAUGUUAUGGGAAAUCUGCCACCAGAAUUAAAGCAAAGAUUGAUGCACUAUCGGAAUCGAAAACUGGAUGGAAGCAAUGUUUGAUUAUAAUUCCCACAAUGGUAUCGUAGCAUGUACAAAGUUUAAUUCUACUGUCAUAAUUUGCAACUGAACUUCAGCAAAAGAUUUCAAAUUAAUUCAUAAUGAUUUAUUAAAAUUCAUGCAUAAUAAUUUUAUUAAAAAUUAAUUUGUAUUAUAUUAUUGAUUCUAUUUGAUGCUAUAGAAUUCCUAUAGUUCACACGCAGUGGUAUAAUAAAUGUAGUAUAUUUUUGGCAAAGUGUUUGUGUAAGAAAAAAAAUUUUGUUAAAUUUGUUAUUUCAAUAUUAUGAGAAUAGUACUUGUAAAUGAUGCCAAAAAUGAAUGUUUUAAGGCAUUUAUGAAUUAUGCAGUGCUGGAUUAUUGGAGCUUCACUGCAACUUUAAAUUUGUUCAUUGUUACUCUUAUUUCUGCCUAAUUUCUCUUGUCUUGCAGAUCAAGAUUAAAAAAGAUUUUUUUCUGUAAUGUUCUGCUCUAAAAAGUUAAUGUUUUUCAUAUUUGUAAGCAUGCAUCUAUAUCAUUGGAAUUUUAAUUAUCACAUUCGCAAAAAAAAAAAAAAAAAAAAAAAAAAAAAAAAUUAAAAACAUGAUCUGUUAGCUCAAUACAGAUUUAUUUCUGUAGAUAUAAGUUAAAUAGACAUCUAUCGUGUAUCUAUGUAUGUAAAUUUAUAAAGAAAUGUUGAACUAUAUUUAUUUUCCUGUAUGAAAAUACAGUUGCCUCAUUUUAAUGUUUUCUGCAUAAUGUUAAUAUUAUAAUAUUUGCUUUGGUGCUUUAAAUUAGUUUCACAUAAUUAGUCUGUAAAAUUGGUGUAAAAUGCUGUGCUGUUAUAUAUUAUUUAUAUUUUGUAUAAUAUUAUACUUUGUAUUUUAUUUAUAUUUUGUGUAAUGUUACCAUAUUUUAUAUAUUAGUUUCAGUCCUUUGUUUCUUGUUUCAGUCAAUACUAUGUCUGAUGCUAUCCAUUCAGAAUGUUUGAUUGUAUUGUAGCAUUUUGUACAGAAACAUAAUAAAUUUGUUUUAACAAAUUUGCUUUUUUUUAUAAAAAUUUGCAUGAACUAUUCUAGAUAUUGUAUUAUAAUGAGUACUUUGAUUAUUUUGGUGGCAGUAGAUAAUCAGACGGUAAUUUAGACAGAGAACUACUGUUAUAGGCAAAACUGAACAUUUAGACACAAGGAGUUAAAUUAGUUUUAGAACUGUAAAUUUCGUGUGCUCUCAGUAAUCUCUCUAAAACUUUUUUUUGGAGGGGGGGGGGAAUAAUGUUAUGCUUAAUCUGCCUAAAGAGUUCAGAUACCAUAUAUUAUAUUUUUAUUUAAUAUAGACAAUCACUUCAGUAAUAGACAGACUUCAAGAUUUGUAUUUUUUAUUUUUGGAACCCAUAUAAAGUUCUAAACUAAAAGUACUCAAAGAAGAUUGACUUAUUUUGCAUUCAUAUAUAUAUAUUUUUUUAAAAAAAGUGAUUUUGUCAUCUUUCUCUUUCUCAUGUUUGUGUGCAUAGCAUGGCGUCAUUUAUGACUAGGUAGAAUCACUGCAUAACACUGCCGCAUGAUAAAAGUGCCAGUAAAUCCAAGUCAAACACUGUUUAUCACAACAGUCUUCAUCAGGGCAACACUAUGCAAAUAAGAUUUUAAUUAUCUGCUCUGAUCAGUAUAACAAACUAAAAUAAUACUUGCAUAGCUGUGCUUCAGCAUGAUGUUACCAUCACUUUAAAAAUUGCUUUCUUUACGUUAAAAAUUGAUAUUUAUUAAAAGUGUAAAAACAAGUUUUGAGUGCCCUAGUGAAUUUUUUUUUUAGUCAAAUAGGACUGAGAUUUGCAUAAAGGUGCAUGCACAUUUAUAUCCCAAAUUGGAUUUAGUUUCUUGUUUUAGUGCAUAAAUUAGUUUCCCAUAUGAAUGAUCCCUAUGAUUCUAUCAUCCUUUUGUGUGGUUGAUGUGUAUGCAAUACAGUAUCAAAAGCAUACUGAUAUAAAAGGUUGCAGACAGAAAUCUGCUGUUGUAGCCGAGAAAAUGCAGUUGUAGGAAAAAUUGUGUGCUGCAUUUUGCAUUCACCAGUGUUAUAAUCAUUUAACAAACGAAGCAACAAAGAGGUAAUGCUAGGGCAGUUAUUAAAAGAAAUUUAAAUAGCUUUGGCUCAUUGGACGUUUUUCAGCAAUUUAUGAGUUAUUAUGAAAAAUGUUCGCAAUUUGUUACUGCCAUUUUUAAAAAUUUUAUCAGAGGAUAUGUUAAACUUUUUUCUUAGGUCCACUGUCCAAAAACGUUUUUUUUUUUUUUUUUUUUUUUUUUUUUUUUUUUGAGAACCACAGAAACAUUGUUUAGUUUUAUUUUAAGAUAUACGGAGAGAAAGAGUCUAAUAUGAUUUCGAUAAAAGUAUAUAGUUUAGUGCCAUAAAAGUUAUGAUCUGAAAUUUUCUUGAUUUAUGAGGAAUGAAAUCAUUUAAUCAAGUGAAUAUCACAGUGCUGCUGAUUCUAAACUACUUCUAACAAGUAGAAAUUAUAUUUUCAUUAAUAAUCAAAUUAAAUACUUAUUUACUUCAAAAACAUUUUUGUGUAUCAUUGAUUAUAAAAUGAAUAACUUUCCUUUUGCGUAGUUGUUUGUACUUCUUUAGCUAUUUCUAAAGUGUUUCAGUUUAGCCAAAAAUAUAAUACAAAAUUCCACUUGACUGUAUAGUUUGUUUUUAUUUCAUGCAUUUUCAUUCACCUUAAAUGAAAAAUUAAGUGCAUGUAUUCUCUUGAAAAUCACUAGUAAGCAAAAAAUGAUUGUAAUUUUGCAUUAAUUUCAUGUAUAUACUUUAAUCUAUUAUUCUUGGUUUAGAAUUCAAAUCCAUGCUAUGUCUAGAAACUGGAUUAAAAUCUAGUGGGAAUGUAAAGAAAAUUCAAAUGUGAUCCUCAUGUUUUGAACAUUUUUUGUAAUAAAAUCAUAAUCCAUCCAA